UCAUUCUGUAUUAAAACAUUGGAAGGUUAAUGUCGACUAAAACGCUUGAUUAUUGUAAAAUACGUAGGUCACAGUUUCUCCUAAAGAUUUUUCAUUAUUUGUCAUAUUUAUUUGAGAUUAAUUAUUACUGAAAAUAAUGAAAAUAUGAUCAUCUUGAUCAUAUGGAAAGUACAUUUUACCGAAAAAGAUAUUUUAUAUUUGUAAACAUACAUAUUUAUUACUUCUCGGCAAAUUAAAUAUAUUCUCUUUACAGAAGAGAAUGAAUCUCAUCGUGCGCUACAUGUUUCUUUGCAUUCACGAAAAUGUAUUUCUACAUUGCACGGAUGCUCAAACGGAGUUUGAUACACGACAUGUCAAAGGAUAUCACGCACAACGUGCACUUAAUCUUACUUUCUUUCACAAGAAAGGUACAACUCAUUUCUUUGAACGUUGCGUUUCAAUUCAAGCGACAUGUCAAUAGUACUGUAAUUCAAUCUUUCCAACUUCAUUGAAAUUUAAAAGCUGCAAACCUACGACUCUGUCUAUCAUAUAUUAUUAUAUAACAAUUACGAUCGCUUUACAAUUAUUACUUAUAGGUUGCAUUAAUAUGCGAUGCAGCGUGAUAAAAAUUAAUGUUUAUUGUUAUUUUUAUAUUUUCAUAACAAAAAAUUCUCGCGAGUGAAAAAUCUUUAGGAGAAUAUUUUAUGUAUAACAUAUUUUACGUAUAACAAGUUUAAAAAAUUCUUUUUUUUUAAAUAUAAACUUUAAUAUUCUCGCAACAUAGUUUGCAGAAAUGCCAAAAAUUAAUGGAAAAAUACUAAUGGAUAAAUCGCGAAAAUAUGUAUCUCUCCGUCGCGACACGGCAAAUUGACGUGCGUCGCGAAGAGGCGGGAAUUUGUACAUUACUUUGAUGCGCAGAAGCCAGAAUACUGGAUGCACCGAGCUUUAUCAGGAAUGGAUGCGUCGGGGCAUCCAGCAGAAAUAGCUGAGACCUCAGUCGAAUAUAUUCCCCGAAAGUGUUACGUUAGUAAACUAAAAAACCGAGUGUACCAAGUACCAAAUCCACAUUACUCUCAUUAAGUGCGCUCGUGGCUUCCCCUCUGAAAAUAAAAUAAAAUUUAAAAAAAGCAAAACGUGUCGCUGCUGCUAAUGUGAUUGAUACUGAUGUGCCGGAUCUACCGAGACUUAAUCAAUCUGUUUGUAACAUUUGUUGAUAAGUCGCGCUAUUAAAAUCAAGUGUUGCGCGAUUGUCUUAUAUGAGAAACUCGUUAAAUAAUAUUAACGAGCCGUUGACGAAAAGAUCGUGUCUCGCACCGGCACUGCACAUCCGCCGUGCAAACUAAAAGUGUUAAGAGGGCUCGUCAUGUAUCUACAAAACGUUAAGAUCGUUGAUGUGUGAGAUGUAUGUGAAUUUGGAACACUCGAGUGUCGGAAGAUCGCGGUUAAAAGGAGCUCUCGGCACCGUGUCACAAAAUCGUCUAUGCAAUCUGGAUGUCAGUCCAAUAAAUGGCUUGCGUCUGCAUAAGUAAAACCUAACAUGUUGCUCCGUUUGAAACUCAAUAAACAGAGACUGCAUCUCGCGAUAAGAAUGCAAAGUGACUGUGCUCAAUCAAGUGACGAUACAAUAACUGAGAAAUGUUAUCGUACAUGACGCAAGCUGUUAUGCUGUCUAUGCCAGGCACGAUUAUACUGCCUUCCGCUUUUCUUCUCAUUGACGACAGCUUUAAGGUCAACACGUGAAGAUGAUCGAGAAUAGUAGCAACAUUACAACGAUAUACAGACUUCGUGACGACUUCUUACAGGACAUUCAAUGGUAUUUUACGCCGAUAAUUGUGUUUCUGGGCCUGCUGGGUAACUGUUUGUCCAUGUGUGUAUUCUUCGGCACGAAGCUACGUUAUUCGUCAUCCAGCAUUUACUUGGGUGCGCUGGCAAUAAGCGACAGCGGCUUCCUGGUGGCAGUUUUCGUGCCCUGGUUAAGAAUAUUGCAGGUGGAUCUGUUCAAUCGACACGGCUUCUGCCAGUUCUUCAUUUAUCUCGGCUACAUCUGUAGCUUCCUCAGCGUGUGGCUCGUAGUAGCCUUCACCGUUGAGCGAUACGUGGCGGUCAAGUGGCCGCUUCGUCGGCAGGUCUGGUGCACGGUGGCCCGAGCGAAGAUGACAGUGACGGGACUAACAGUAUUAGCGAGUCUGCUGACCAGCCCGGUGCUCGUGUUUUCCACAAACACUGGAAACUCGACCGGCUGUGGCUUAGACAUGAACUGGAAGUCCUGGGCAAAAGCCUACAACACCCUCGAUGUUGUCAUGACGUUCGCCAUGCCUCUUACCAUGAUAGUGAUCUUCAAUACACUGAUAGCGCGCAACAUCUACAGGCUCAACCACGUCCGAAGAACUCUGACUAUUGAAUCCGAUGUUUCCAACGAUAGGGCUCAUACUCCGAGGGACAGAAUGCCGCAGACUAAAGUCACGAAAAUGCUUCUGAUCGUCUCGAGCGCGUUCUUCUGCCUCAAUAUGCCUGCAUUCGUUUUCAGGGUGAUCGCAUUCCUCUAUGAAAAUAGUAAACCACCGAUAUGGUUCAUGUCGGCGCAACAAAUGUGCCAAUUAUUAUUCGAAACGAGUUUCGGAAUAAACUUCAUUCUUUACUGCGUGAGCGGGCAGAAUUUUCGCAGAGAGAUGGUUAGCAUGUGUACGAAGCGCUCAAGUACUGGGAGAAGUGGCACUCUCAUACAGAUGGCGAGUCAUGGAAAACAGUGUGUUUCAGAAUUCACGCGCAGGUACAGCUCAACGAAACGGCCGCACCUUGUCGACAAAGAGCAACAGAAAGACUCUCAGGAGACGCAAAAGCUCCCAAUAAAUAAAGAAUUAUGAUACAGUAACUCAUCACUUUCAAAUGACUGAUUGUGAGUAAAUACGUGUUAGCAGACAAUCAGAGAACGAUGUGUAAUGUA